AUCUAAAGAGAGUUAAGUGAUCUGUGAACAAAAUGUAUAACGUUUAUAAAGAAAGAGAAACGCAAAAGCCUUUUUUCAUGUAUUUCACGUAAUAUUUUGUGUUUAUUUUGAUAUAUUGUGAAUGAUUUUAACAUUGUGAUACUAAAAUAAUGGGUGAAACAGAAAACGUCGAAACUAGAACCGUAAAACAUUCAAUUCCAAUUGAUAUUCUCAAUGACCUCUUAACGAGGUUUAUAAUAUGUGUGCCAGAAUCUGCCAAACAGAAUUUAAUAAGGAUUUGUUUUCAAAUCGAAUUGGCUCAUUGGUUCUAUUUGGACUUCUACGUUGGAAAUGAUAGCCGGUUGAAGGCUUGUAGCAUUUAUGAAUUUGCCGCCCAUGUAUUUCAGCACAUCCCUCACCUCAAACCAGAGAGCCAUAAACUCAAUGAGAUUAUGGAAAAAUGGAAGGAGUACAAACAAAGUGUACCUACCUAUGGGGCCAUAAUGCUUUCUGAAAAUUUAUCUCAUGUUCUUCUCGUCCAAAGCUACUGGGCGAAAUCUUCCUGGAGUUUCCCGAAAGGUAAAGUAAAUGAAGAAGAAGAUCCUGCUCAUUGCGCUGUCAGGGAGGUGCUGGAGGAAACCGGUUUUGAUAUUAGCAAGUAUAUAGAUCCUGAUGAUUACAUCCAGUCUACAAUUAAUGAUCAGUUGGUCAGGUUAUAUAUAGUCAAGAACAUCCCUAUGGCAACGAAAUUCAGUCCAAAAACAAGAUGCGAGAUAAAAGCAUGCUCGUGGUUUCCUGUCACAGACUUACCGAUGAGCAAAAAGGAUGCCACACCUAAGACCAAAAUGGGAGUGAAUGCUAACGCCUUUUUCAUGGUGUUACCUUUCGUGAAAAGACUGAAGCAAAUUUGUAACGGAAGUACAAUUCAACCGAGGCAUCGGCACAAAUCAGCCAGUUUUUGUGAGAGCGAUGUGGUACAUCCGAGGCAUAGGACCAAAUCAAUGCAUAAGGCAGACACCGACGAUGUAAGGCAUAUCAAAAAACGUCAAGAGAAAAAACAACAGCACCAUUUGAAAAGACAGUUGUUCACCGAUGACGACAAUUUCGAAACUCAGUUCUGUGCUCCCUCGUGGCUCAAUUUUAAAUUUGACAAAAUUGCCAUCAUGGAAUGCAUGCCAUAACCGGUUCAUUUAAUUAUCAUUAUCAUUGUUUAAAAAAGAAUAGUUCGUCAACGCAAUGAAUAAAUUUGUUUGAUUCUAAUUGAGAGAGUCACCAGAUGUCACUACCAUUUCUGUCAGGGUUAUAAUGGCACGCGUAACUAUGAUAAAUCCAAAAUGCGUAGACACCAAGUUGGAUACAAUCCUAUUCGUAACACACCAACUCGGGCAGACACGAAUUGAGGACCAAAAUGAAAUUUUAAGUAAGGGUUUACUUUUAUUUAUACCUGAACAAAUCGCACGAAUUGAGGACCAAGACUUCUGAUAAUGAAAUCAUUAUACUCAGGUAUAAAAUAUUAUUAAAAGUACGAAUCCCAAUACUGCCGUCCUAAGAAAGAAGGCAGUAUCUCCACAAAUGUAAGUUUCGAGAUAAUGCAGAUUUUAAUAAACGGGGCUGUGCCACCAUGAAAAUAUUUAUGGAUUUCAGAAUUGUUUAACUGCGUUGUAGUUCUUUUUCAUAUCAUUAGAUAAGUUUAUUUUUUUAUAAGAUAUUUUUAUAAAUUUUAAUGAAAAUGGCGGUUACUGCUUUUAAACAAGGUAUGUUAUUACACAUUUGCUUAAAAGUAGUAAAAGUACUCAAGCAGUUGCUAGAUUAAAAAACAGUAUCUCCAUUUUUUUCUGUAGAUAGGAGAUACUGCCUUCUUGCUUAGGACGGCAGAAUAAUCGUAGAUAUUUAUUGCCUAUUUAAGAAACAAUAUUUUAAACAUAAAAGCGUUACACAUAUUUACAUUUAAAGUUUUGUUAUUUCCUGACCGUAAAUUAUUAAAUAGAAACUUUUUAAUUCCUGGGUUUUCGGUCUGAUAAAAAUAAAACACUUUGUUAUGGCUUAAACGUUUCGGCUAACUGCCAUUUUCAAUAAGCACUUUAAUGAAUAAUUAUAAACAUUACAUAAAACAAAACAAAAGACUAAAAUUUACAUUGCACUUGUUGGCUUGGCGUUUUGUUGUGGAAUGCGAGCUUGACUCUUGAAACCAUAUGGCAGAAUUCAAAAUUGACGUCCAUUAAGGACCGUAUUUAAAAUAUUUGCCAAAUUGUACAUUUAUAAAAAUUAAAUCAAUUUAUUAAAUUAUGAUAUACAUUGGAGAGAUCCUUGAUGUCAGUUUUAUUAUUUAUGCAAUUUUGGUCUUACAUGAAUCAUCUCCAAUAUACAUCUUUUGUUGUAGUUUUGUUCUUUUUCUAAAAUUUGUACAUUUUCAAAAUCAAAAGUAUGGUUAUUGUCUAUGGAAUGCUUGGCUAAUGCUGUAGUGUUUACUUUGUUGGUUUGUACACUAUGUUUGUGUGCAACCAUCCUUCUAUGUAUAUAUUGAUGUGUUUGCCCAAUGUAUGUCGAAUUGCAGUCUUUACAAUUUACUUUAUAAACAACAUCUGACUGCUGGUCCUUAGUAACAUUAGUAUUUACAUUUAAUAUUUAUACUUUAUGAAAACAUGAUGCAAAUUUUUCAAAAUCUAUUCGUCUCAACAAACCGUUAUUAUAUUCCGACAUUUUAGAAGUUAACAUGUUUAAUCUUCGCCUAACAAUUUUGUUCUUACAUUUAAAAGGCUCCUUAACGCUUUGAAUACGAAUGUAAGUAUCUGUUUGAAAAUUGUUCAAAACGUUUGCAAAUAAAUACAAUGAAGGGUGCAUCGAAUAGAAAUUUGAAUUAAAUCGAGAGUGAAAGGACUCGCAUGCAUUUGUAAAAUUUUCUGUAAUUACAGCUGCUUCAGCCCAAAGUGUUGGUGGAAAUAAAGAAUUUUUCACCAACAUAAUUGUCUAUUAAAUAGUCCGCAAAAUCUACCGCAGCUUUAUGCAGAUGAUUUGCAUGAUUGAUUCAAUAUAAACUAAAUCUAAAAUAAUAUUUUGUUAUUAAAUAUUUACUUACUCAUUACAAUCUCGUUAAAGAAUCGGACCCUCAUUCAUCCUAAUUACAGUCGGAAAAAUGAAAGAAUACCCAUGAACGAUCACAUCAAUCACUUAUUUUGUAUUUGCUGUUUUUUUUUUCUAUAACAAACGUUUGUUAUUUAUAGAAAGAGACAGCAAAUACAAAAUAAGUGAUUGAUGUGAUCGUUCAUGGGUAUUCUUUCAUUUUUCCGACUGUACCUACCUUAAUUUACGGUCCGUAAUUCGGUGCACUUAUUUGGCUGUUCAGGUAGCGGUUCUCAAUUCGAGAACACCGACCAACUCGCAUACAUAUUAAGAAAAAUAAAUAUAUGGAAGAAUAUAUUUAGAAAUUGAAUUAAUGAUGGCAUGCUACUAUACGGUAUACAUAAUAAUAACACGACAUCAUUAAUUCAAUGUCUAAAUAUAUUCUUCCAUAUAUUUAUUUUUCUUACCUACCUUAAUUUACAGUCCGUAAUUCGGUGCACUUAUUUUGACUGUUCAGGUAGCGGUCCUCAAUUCGAGAACACCGACCAACUCGCAUACAUAUUAAGAAAAAUAAAUAAAGAAUAUAUUUAGAAAUUGAAUUAAUGAUGGCAUGCUACUAUACAGUAUACAUAAUAAUAACAUGACAUUAUUAAUUCAAUUUCUAAAUAUAUUCUUCCAUAUAUUUAUUUUUCUUAAUAUGUAUGCGAGUUGGGGUGUUAUGAAUAGGAUCGUACCUAACUUGAUGUCUAUGUAUUUUGGAUUUAUUGUAGUUACGCGUGGCGUUGCGACUCUGUCACAGGUGGUGACAUCUGGUGCCUGUGUCAAUUAAAAUCAAACAAAUUUAUUCCUUGCGUUGACCAACUAUUCUUUUUUAAACAAUGUCAUUAUGUUGUUGCUAAUAGAUGGUCCACCCGAGAAAAAAUACGAUUUUUGUUUCUAAAUUUGAGGAUUUUUUAAUUUUUGACGGGGUCUUUUUGCGGGGUUGAUCAUCUAUUAAACUUGGAUAAGGAAACUAAUAUUGUCUAAAGAAACUUUCCCUCCAAGAAAUAUGUGUUAAAUUUGCAACAAAUGAUUUUUUUCAGUGAUAUUUAUUUUUUCAUAUUGCACCAAUCAAAUUGCGUGGUGUAGAUUUUAUGUUUAUUUUUUCAAAGUUUAUUCAAAUACAAUAAAUACGUAGAGAACAUGUCCAAUAGAUAUAUGUAUCUAGA